ACCGAGAAAAACGCGUGACCAAACCUAACCUACUAAACGUACUUUUCGUUACGAUAUAUUUAGAAUUUGCAAUAUGCGUACGCGUGAAAAUCGAUAAAAAAAGACAACACUACAGGUUCGAUACCUUUAGUAUCAUGAAAGAUAAAAGGCUUUUAAUAUGAGUUGGCAAGAAAUACAUAUGUGUUCUUGUUAAUUCAAUGAUAUUAGCCAAAAAAUUUUUAGCUUAAACAUAUUUUCGUGUGCGAAAUACGGUUCUGUAGGAACGAUUUCACAAUUACAAUUCACGGUGAAAUAACUAGAAAUAAAAUAAUACGACGGGUAAAUGGAGAAAGAAAUUUCAAGUUAGUGACAGAAGAGUGAAAAUGAUCUGAAAGAAUUGUACAUAUACAUACAUGUAAUUGAAGCAACAACGAGGUGUUGAUACGCAAUCGACAAAUUUAAUCGGACGCCAUCUCGUGUUAUGUGAAGGUAUUAUCUAAAAUCAGUAGUUUUCCAGCUCAGGUUCGACAUUUGCUUAAACGCAAUCAAGUACACGAACAGUUGUGACGGAACACCGCAGUUUGCGACAAUACAUUUAGAAAUAGGUAAGAAGAGCAAGGAGGAUACAUAAAGUAUGGCGGAAGCCGUUGUAGACGGGACACCAACGUCCCGAUUUUUCUGUCACAAAUGCAGCAUUGAAAUCGAAGAUUUACUACCCGAUUAUUCGUGUCCACGAUGCGCAAGUGGUUUCAUAGAAGAAUUACAAAGCGGUAAUGACAAUAAUUGCCCAACAAGCGGCAUGGAUCUUGUUAACGAUGAUCACGAUUACCCGCUGCUAAAUAAUUUGAUAGAACGUGAUAUUUUAGACCUGCUAGGAAUGCCUGAUAGAAGUCAAACAUCGAGCACGUCUAACAGAAAUAGUGUACCAGUCAAUUCGACUAAUUAUUUAACUAUUCGAGAUAAUCGUCAUUCGUACAGCCGUCGUGGAAGACAAAUUGACCCUGCUCUAAACAUGUUCCUACAAAGUUUUCUACAAGCUCUCUCAGAAGCAAGUUUGGCAUAUCCAGUAACACAAGAUAGUCAACCACCUGUACUGGUCUAUGCAAAUCCUCAAGAUUAUAUUUGGGGUCAGGCUGGCUUUGAUGCAAUUGUAACGCACAUGUUAAAUCAACUGGAUGGAACUGCUGGCCCACCACCUUUACCAAGGAAACAAAUAGAUCAAAUACCAACCACGACCGUUACCCAAAGUCAAGUUGACAGUAAAAUGCAGUGUUCCGUUUGUUGGGAAGACUUCAAACUUUCAGAACCAGUUAGGCAGCUUCCGUGCCAGCAUCUAUAUCAUGCACCGUGCAUUUUACCUUGGUUAGAACUGCAUGGAACUUGCCCAAUUUGUAGACAAAACUUAGGAGAUCAAAACACUGCAGAAGCAAAUCAGGAUGUUGUUAGACCUAGUCUAUCUGCCCGAUUUAGGUACACUCGUGCCUUGUUACAAAUAAUGGCCACAAACGAAUCUAGAAACAAUGCUAGAACAUCGGCGACGUCGUCGUCAGCUUUGAAUAAUAGUAACUCCAGUGAUAGUAACUCCAGUUCAACAAGAUCGAGUUCAGAUUGAUUAUCCAAUCUUGACAUUUUCUUUACCUAGCAAGACACGCAAGUACACAGGCAUACACAUACACAAACAUGUUUUUCACCUCAGAUUUAUUUUCCGCCACUGUUGACUUCAGCAAUGCUUAUACAUCACGUAAAUAUUGUAUCCCGAUGCUAAUAUAAAUUUCAAGCUUUAUACCUUAAUCAACAAUGUAAUAUAAAUCAUAAAGAAUAAUGAAUUAUCAAGUUACAAUUUACAUAUGUUACUUUGAAUAAAUAUAUCAAGGUACGGAUUACUACGAGUGUGCGCAUACAUGUUUCAAAUUGAAAAUGUCUCUGUUGCUGUUAUACAUUGGGUAUUACAGUUUUAAACAAAACACGAUUUAAAAUAAAUACCAUAAACAAGCGUAUCGAAAAUUUUUAAAAACAUGUGCGUUUACUUAUAAAAAUUCGAAUUUUGAUGUUUAAUACAUAUAAUAUAGUUGACUAUUACUUACAAAAAUAAACUCUGUAAUAUAAUUCAAGUAUGAGAAAAAUGUAUCGUGUAGACUUUGUGGGUAAAGAUUAGUAAUUUUAAUUUUGUACAGUUCCCUUGAAAAUUUCUGUGCAUCAUAAGCACAUCUAAUUGCAUAACAAAUUUCGUUUAAAUCAUAGACAAACACUGCAGACUAUUUACUUUAUUAUACCAUAUUAUAUGAAAAAUAUACAUAUAUUAAAGGGGGCGAAAAUAUGUGAAAUAGAAAAAUUGUUGAGUAUAAAUAUGUAGGGCAACAUGUAAUAUUUAUUUACGUCGAUUUGAAAUAUUAUUGUUGACGAUCGCUUGCGCGGACUACUAUCAUUCUUUGCAGUAGUUUUACAAGAAUAGUCAAAUUUGUUUAUGAACGUAAUCGUAAAUUUCCUACUACAGAAGAAUACGUUACGUGUAUUAAGAGUACCGCACGAUUAACAUGACAAACAUUUUCGUUGAGUUAUAAUGGUCACAACAGCCCGCUUCGAACAAUUUACGUGUACCGAAUACAUAUCUGUAGUAAAUUUUGUAAUUAACAAUUAGGAGCAGCAGUUUCUUAUGCUUCAUUUUAUCAAUAAUAUAUUACAUGACUGAAGCUAUAAUUUAUGACAACUGGGUCAGAUGCUUCUUUAGUUUGCCAUAUUAGCUAGAUCAUUUUAAAGUAUGUAUGUCUGUAUACAAUAGCUUGUAUUGUGACCUUAUAAAUUGAUAAUUUUGUUCGUUUAAAUAUGGUAUUUAUCAAUGUUUCAAACGUACGUAUAUAAAUUUAGAUCGCUUGUUUUUAAACUUAUUGUAAGAUGGGCGCUAAUGAGACGACAAAAUUGUAAACAGUUCAUUGAAACUAAAUAAAUGUAUUUUAUUCGA